AUGGCCCAAGCCGGCGAAGGCAAUGAGCCUCCUCUCAGGACAUCCAAGCCAGCUAUGAAUCGGCGUUGGCAAAAUUCGCCAAACUGGCGCGCGAAAACCGCCGCUCCUAAGGCCCACCAAGAGAACUCCGAAUCCAAUGCCCGCCCUGCUCAACCCAAUUUCAAUCGCGAUGCCGGCCAUCCCCGGUUUAAUAAUCGAAAUAAUCGAACUCAAGGCUCUAGCUCUACUCGUACGUCUUCCAAACCUUUGGAACAAAGAAACGAUGGCCCCCUGGCUGCGCCCGAUAUCCCGACUUCGUUCCUUGAGGGAAGGCGGUUGUACGUGGGUAACAUGCCGUACAUGGCCAAGAGGGAAGAUGUUGAAGUACUAUUCAGCAAUGCAACUAAGCAUGGGCAAGGAUACUAUCAAAUAGAGCGCAUCGAUAUAUCCAUCGACCCGUUUACUGGCAGAAACCCGUCGUUCUGCUUUGUUGAGCUGGCUAGCAAAGAACAAGCGACGAAUGCCAUGGAAGAACUCGAUGGUAUCGACAUGCUUGGACGCCCGGUGAAGAUAAAGCCUGGUGUGCCAAAAACACCCAAACCCCUUUUUGGGAGAAGGGGCUCUUCUGGCCAGGAUGAAAAACCUCCCCAGCCAUUCAUCUUCGAUCGUUGGGGGAGAGACGAUGCCGCCACUCAUUGGUAUGGCGUUGCUGAGGAGGGCCGCCGCCUUUUUGUUGGUGGCCUACCAAGAAUGCCCAACCAAGCGGCUGCAGACUACGAGAUUCAGAAACUGUUCUACGGCUUUAAGAUGUGUGCAAUGCCCCCUAGUUCCCUACCUAAGGCGAACCCACUACUGACACUACCAUUGAUAAUUAGCGAAGCGAUCAGUAAGGUCGUAUCACCGCACCACUCCAAGCGCGCACAGCCAGGAAGUCACUAUUUCCUCUUCGUCGACCUCGAAUCUGCCGAGGAGGCUGAUAGAGCAAUUAAAGUACUUGGCGGUGUGAGCGCUGUAUGGGGAUGCCCGGUGCACAUCAACAAGGCUCGCGGUAAUUCGCAGAAGCCUACUGAAAGGGACCGGUGGGGCGAGGGCAAUAGCAACGACAAGCCAGAGGAGCGCCAGAGCGAGAAUAAUGGAAAUUCUUCCAAAUCUUCUGCGUGGCGCGGGUCUCGUCCGCGAACUACGACGGAGAGCAGUAUAAACCCUGAACAGAAUCCUCUAAUAGAUAUUGAUGUACUCCCAUAG